UGGAGGUGCAGGACUAUUUAAACCAGGCUGGCAGUGCCACACUGGCCACUCACUGAGAGGAAAAGCAAGACGUGCCAGGAGGAGCCUGGAGUGGAAUGCAAGAAAAAUGAUUUUACUGGCGUUCCUGUUCCUGCUCUCCUCGCUCCCAGCUGGGUCUGGAAGACUCAGACACCUCCCCAAGGCAGCCAUCUCCAGCCCGGUGUUCGGCCCCCGGCAGGUGCACGGCGUGCUGGGCGGCUCAGUCACCGUGAAAUGCUUCUACCCUGCCACCCCCGCCAACAGACACGCCAGGAAAUACUGGUGCAGGCAGGUGGGCUCCAGGUGUACCACCGUGGUGAGCACGGAAUACGUGGCUCCUGCCUACCAGGGCAGGAUCUCCCUGAGCGACCACCCCGAGGCAGAAAACUUCCAGCUCAACAUCUCAGCGCUGGUGCUGGAGGAUGCUGGCACCUUCCAGUGCGGCUUGGGAGUCAAUGGCAAGGGUCUGUCCCACGGAGUCACUCUCAGUGUUGCAAAAGCCCCACCCGUUCCCGAGGCAGCUGAGCUCUUCUACGUGAAGCUCCGCAGCACCUGGAGCGUGUCCUGCAGCUUUGGGGAGGACACGGCCGCCCAGAGGAGGUACCUGUGCAAGAAGGAGAAGGAUGGCUGCCGGAACAUCAUCAACAGCUACCAGGAAAUCGAUCCGGAUUUCCAAGGCAGAGCUCUGCUGACUUUUGAGGAGCCUCCAGGCUCGUUCAGUGUCACCAUGACCCAGAUGGACUGGGAAGACACGGGCUUGUACUACUGUGGGGCUGGUGAAUAUGGGAAGGAAGGAAAAUCGAAGGAACUGGAUGUGUUUGUCUACGAGGACAAAAAUUUCCCUCAGUUAAAGACCACGGUAACUGGCAAAAAUGGAAGUUCAGCCACCUUUGAGUGCCUCUAUGAUCCUCUAAAGAAAUCCUCCACGAGGAUCUGGUGCAAGUGGAGACUGCAGGGAUGUGACAAGAUCAUAGACAACUCUGGCUUCGUGAAGUUUGGCUAUGAGGGAAGAGUGGCCAUGUUUGAGAACCCUGAAAAUCAAACUGUCACCAUCAUCCUGAACCAGCUGCAGGCCAAGGACGAAGGCUUUUACUGGUGCUUGUCAAAUGAGCUGAAGGAGCAGCAAUCAUCAACAGAACUGAAGGUUGUGAAAGGAGAACCUGCACUGACAGGAAAGAAGAAAGUGGAGGCACCAGCGGGCUCCAGGGUGAAUUUAACCUGCUCCUACCCCUGCAAGUACAGUUCCUACGAGAAGUACUGGUGCAGGUGGAACUACACGGGCUGUGCUGUGCUGCCAGCACAGGAGCAGGGGCUGCCAGAGCCGGGUGCCAGCUGUGACACAGCCACCAGGACGGCUGUGCUGAGCUUUGAGGCGCUGCAGGAGGAUGAUGAAGGCUGGUACUGGUGUGGGGUGAAGCGCAAUGGAAUCCUCGGGGAAACCAUGGCUGUGGAGCUGCGGGUGAGCUCAGGGAGCGAUGCCAAGCACAGCCCAGAGCUCCUGGACCUCGAUUCCAGCCGUGAACUUGGAGCUGUUCCCCCAGGAGGAGCCUACAGCGACGCUGAGGUGCGGAAAGGAGAUCUCCCAGAAAGUUCCAGCUCUGAUGAAAGCCAUGGCUCCAACACUGUGGCCUUAGUGCUGGGCCCUCUUGCUGGCCUGAUCCUGAUUGCUGUGACAGCGUUUGCCAUUGUCAAAUACAGGCAGCUGAAGAGAUCUGACCUGGUGUCCGUGGGGAGCUACAGGACAAACAUCAGCAUGUCAGACUUUGAGAACGUGAGGGACCUCAGUGCCAGCAACAGAGUGAAGGAGAGCCAGGAGACCCCCAUGGGAGGGGACGAGUUCAUCACCACCACGGACACUCAGGAAAGUGAAGCAGACACAAUGAAGGCAAAAAGGAGCUCCAAGGAGGACGCUGAGCUCACCUACUCCUCCUUCCUCGUCACCUCCGAGCGCAUCGCCCAGGGCAGCUCCGGGGGGGACAACGCUGUCCUGGACGUGUCCCCUCCCCAGGACCAGCUCUGAGGGGAGGUGGCAGCACCUGGGACUGGCUCUGCCUCGAGGAUCACGAUGUCAGCAAGCAACACUCUUCAUUACUCCCACUGUUUGCUAUAGCUUGGCCUUUUUUGUUUCUUUUUUUUGCUUAAAUGCAGCUUCGAGUGGUGAUUUAGGAGGAAUGGUUUGAUGCCAGAGGGGGCUGGAAGUGCAGGUCAGAGUGGGGAGGCUGGGCUGGGAAGCAGCAGGAACUCGAGUGGCUCAUCCCACCAGCAGCCCCAGUUCCUACACUGGGGUCUCACAGGCCAGAAAGAGAAUUGUAAAAAAAAAAAAAAAAAUUAAAAAAAAUUUCUUUUUUUCUUUUAAAGGCAGCUGGAAAACCCUUUAGGAUAGCUGAUGCUUUUGAUUCCCCUAAGCUUUCCCGACCUGAGGGUGGCACCUGCAGGCCAGACACGUCUGGAGUGUUUGUAUGCACGAGCAGUUAAGAUCCAGUGGCUUUCAGCAGACUGGGGAACUCAGGGUCUGUGGGAUAUCACAGGAGAGCCCACCCAGAGAGGCACAGAAAGGGUGGGAAAAGCUGAAUAUUCUGCAGAUGAAGCAGUGUAGGAAGCUGUAAUGACAAAGAGGAGACAGUGGCAGGCUGGGUUAGCUGGCAAACGCUGAGUUUCAUUGAGGAUAAAUACAAAUAAUUCCUGUACUACGGAUUCCAGAAUUUCACUGAGGAUAAAACACAAAUAAUUCCUGAA